CGAAGAUAUGGCCAUGGGAAAUCGGGGCGGAAAUCCAAAUCAUCGACCCUAAAUAGGGAAAAUCAAAUAAAAUACAAGUAGGGUUUUGGGGAUCACUCUCACUCAGUAAGGAUUAGCGUUACUUGUGCGUUGUUCUUCAGCAAGCAUCCAACUUUUUCGGAUUCCAAACUUCAAUCCGCAGUCGGAAGAAGAGAAAGAUGCUGGACAUCAAUCUGUUCAGAGAGGAGAAGGGCCACAACCCCGAAAUAAUCCGGGAAUCUCAACGACGACGUUUCAAAGGCGUCGAGAUCGUCGACGAGGUCAUCCAGCUCGACAAAGAAUGGCGACAGCGUCAAUUCGAGCUCGAGAGCCUUCGGAAAGAGUUCAACAAGAUCAACAAGCGAGUUGCUCAGCUGAGGAUUGCAGGAGAGGAUGCAACUGAGGUGAUUAAAGACACAGAGGAAAAUAAAAGGUUGGCAGCAGAGAAAGAAGUUGAAGUGCGAGAAGCUUUAACACAGUUGAAUUCAAAACUGGACAUCAUUGGAAACCUUGUGCAUGAUUCAGUUCCCUUUAGCAAUGAUGAGGAAAAUAAUGCUGUGAUUAGAUCAUGGGGUGACAAACGAGUGGAGCCAAAACUCAAAAACCAUGUUGAACUUGUUGAGCUUCUUGGGAUCGCAGACUUGAAGAAAGGCGCUGAAGUGGCAGGAGGUAGAGGUUUUUACCUGAAAGGUGUUGGUGUACGCCUUAAUCAAGCUCUGAUAAACUUUGGUCUUGAUUUUCUUGAGAAAAGGGGAUAUACAGAACUGCAUACCCCAUUUUUCAUGAGAAAAGAUAUCAUGGGAAAAUGUGCUCAAUUAGCACAAUUUGAUGAGGAACUUUACAAGGUUACCGGUGAAGGUGAUGACAAAUAUCUGAUUGCUACAUCUGAACAGCCACUUUGUGCAUAUCAUAUAGAUGAUUGGAUCCAUCCAUCCCAGCUACCCUUAAGAUAUGCGGGAUAUUCAUCUUGUUUUCGUAAAGAAGCUGGUUCACACGGUCGAGAUACCUUGGGAAUUUUUAGGGUUCAUCAGUUUGAGAAAGUUGAACAGUUCUGUAUUACAACCCCAAAUGGCAAUGAUUCUUGGGAAAUGCACGAGGAAAUGAUAAAAAACUCUGAGGAAUUUUAUCAAGCGUUAGGGCUCCCCUAUCAUAUUGUGUCCAUCGUUUCUGGUGCUUUGAAUGAUGCCGCAGCAAAGAAGUAUGAUCUGGAAGGAUGGUUUCCUGCAUCUCAGACAUAUAGAGAGCUGGUUUCUUGUUCAAACUGUACGGACUACCAGUCAAGAAAGUUAGAAAUUCGAUAUGGGCAGAAAAAGAGCAACGAGCAGACAAAGCAAUAUGUUCACUUAUUGAACUCAACUCUUACUGCGACAGAGAGAACCAUGUGCUGCAUUCUCGAGAACUACCAGACCGAAGAGGGUGUAAAUGUACCAAAAGUUCUUCAACCUUUCAUGGGUGGAAAGGAGUUCCUACCGUUCAAGGAGAAACCGGUCCCUGAAGUCAAAGGGGUUCACCACCCCGUUCGUUUGAUGGGUUGUCAAGAAUUCAGGUCAUCGUCGAUCCUCGAAGUGUUUGAAAAGCCGUUCUUCAACUUUGUCCGGGGAUUUGGGUUAAAAAAAAUGACCAUGAUGUUGAAAUGACAUGAAAUCAACUUUCUUUUCCAGUCACUUUUUACCUUAACCCUUGGUUUUGAGCUCACAAAUUGGAAAUUUUGCUUUGUAUGGGGAUAAAUCUUGAAAUCUUAAUGAAGCUUCAAUUUUUUUAGAUGAAC